CAUUAAAAAGACGAGCUGUAGCUGUACAUAUUGCAAAAGUUUCAAAAUUUCAUCCAGAUAAUGGGAGCGAUAUCAGAAAGAUGUUAGAGAGCCAAAGAAAAUCAUUUCGAGAAUUGCUUGAAAAGGAGUUUGAUAAACAUGACAAACCGGAUAAUAAGGAAAAAGAUAAGAAAAAGAACUCGCGAACGGACUGGCUUAGAAAUAAGCAAAUUAUAGUAUAUAAUCGAUCAGAAAUAGAUGAUUAUUUAAGUAAUGCAUUCGAACAAAUAUUGUUUCAAGUAGAGGAGAGAGGAG